UAACACUAAAUCUUUCUUCCUUAUUUCAUUCAUAUUAAGCUGGAUAAAACACAGCACUGUGAAGUAAUUCGGGGCUAGACAAGAAGGAAGAAGAGGCUAGAUAAGGCCAGGCCAGGGCUAAGGGCCAAAGCAGCGCCACUCAUCAAAUUCUUCCAAUCCUAUUCCCCUUCAUUCUCGUUUCAACUGGCCUGCCAGCCGUGUUCAAGGCUCAGGAUGGAGACGCCUCCCUCGCAUAAGUCCAGCGCACCAAGUUCGAAGAUCAGGGCGUUCUGCUCGAAUAAGGGAAAAAAUGGGGGUUUUGAAGAGAGCAAGAAAAAUAAGGAGACCGAAUUGUAUUUAUUCAACACAGCGAGCAGGCAAAAGGAGUUAUUUAAGCCCAGGGAGCCUGGGAAAGUCGGCAUGUACGUUUGUGGAGUCACCGCCUACGAUUUUAGUCAUAUUGGCCACGCUCGCGUUUAUGUCACCUUCGACAUUCUCUAUAGAUAUCUUAAGCAUUUGGGAUAUGAGGUGAAGUAUGUUCGGAAUUUUACAGAUAUUGAUGACAAGAUUAUCGCCAGAGCAAAUGAGACAGGAGAAAACCCAUUAAGUUUAAGCAACCGAUUUUGCAAGGAGUUUUGUGUUGACAUGGAGAAGCUUUAUUGUCUUCCCCCUUCUGUAGAACCUCGUGUAACUGAACACAUAAGCGAGAUCAUAGAAAUGAUUCAAAAGAUCCUUACAAAUGGUUAUGCAUAUGUCGUGGAGAAUGGCGAUGUCUACUUUUCUGUGGACAAAUAUCCAGAAUAUGGUUGUUUGUCAGGACGCAAAUUAGAUGAUAAUCGAGCAGGAGAGCGUGUUGCAGUGGAUUCACGGAAACAAAAUCCUGCUGACUUUGCUUUAUGGAAAGUAAGUGGAUUUGGAGAGAGUGCAAAGCCUGGUGAACCUUGUUGGGAGAGUCCAUGGGGUCAGGGUCGACCAGGUUGGCAUAUAGAAUGCAGUGCAAUGAGUGCUACACAUUUGGGUUACUCUUUUGACAUUCAUGGUGGAGGGGUUGAUCUCAUAUUUCCUCAUCAUGAAAAUGAGUUGGCUCAGAGCUGUACUGCUUGUAAAGAGAGUAGUGUACGUUAUUGGAUGCAUAAUGGCUUUGUAACAAUUGAUGCUGAGAAAAUGUCAAAAUCCUUAGGCAACUUUUUCACAAUUCGCGAGGUUCUAGAAUCUUAUCAUCCAUUGGCUUUGCGAGUGUUUUUGAGUGGCACACAUUACCGAUCUCCUGUUAACUACUCAAAAUCUCAUCUGGAAAGUGCAUCGGACCGUAUUUUUUAUAUCUACCAAACAUUGAAAGAUUCUGAGGAGUGUCUUUCUGGAUCCGCCAGGGAAAACAUAGGUCAACCUGUCCCAAGCAAUAUUGUUGACUGCAUCAACAAAAUACGUGUUACUUUUACAUCUUCAAUGUCUGAUGAUUUACAUGCUCAUAUUGUUUUGGCUGCACUAUCUGAACCAUUGAGGAUCAUGAAUGAUCUAAUGUUUACACGCCAGGUAAAGAAGCUCUUGUCAAGACUCUGUUCAGUAUCCAACAGAUGCAGCUUACAAGGAAUUAAACAGAAGUCAAGAAUAGAAUCUUUGGCGGCCUUGGAAGAGGAAGUUAGGGCCAUUUUGAGUGUUCUUGGAUUGACGUGUCCAAACUGUUCUGAGGUUUUGCUGCAGUUAAAAGAAAUGGCAUUAAAAAGGGCAGGUCUUAGUGAAGAUGAAUUAGAGCAAGCUAUUAAAGAAAGGUCAGAUGCAAGGGCUGCUAAGAAUUAUGCAGAGUCUGAUAAGAUUAGGAAAAAACUAGCUGUUAUUGGCAUUGCCCUCAUGGAUGGACCCAGUGGUACCACCUGGCGCCCAGCAAUUCCUCUUGAAGAGGAGGAACAGCAUGUUGCCACCUAGUACAGAUACAAGGAGAAAACACAUAUUGAAAUAAGUUCAGUUAUAUGGAUAUAAUUGAUGCAUAUUUUCUCACAAAGAGCAGUUGUAUUCAUGCAGAGUGUUCAAAAGAGCGUUUGUAUUCAUGCAGAGUUUUGUUGAAAAAAGCUUCAAUAGCUUUGCAAAUUCACAUGGCAUUUCAAUAUAGAUAUCUGUGCCAUAACAUUUCAAUUUAAAGUGCUUUUUGAGGAGGCUCCUGCAUACAAGGACGCUGCAAACAAGGUGGCUAUGAUUAACAUAUGAUGCAUUAUCAUAUGAUUUAAGAGAAACCUUGUCAUUUAAUGUAAUGUACUCUGCGGGGUUUUGACAGAAAUUAAUAUUAUUUCUGUUCAUUUUGCUGAUUAAAAAAAUUCAAAACUAAUGGAUAGAUAUAAAGUAUCCAGUAAAAGAUGAAAUGCUUUGCCUA